UGCGCAGCGGCGGAAAUGGCCAGGGCGGGGCGAGCGCCGCGGCGAAGGCGAAGGCGGGGACCGUCCUCCUCCCUGGGCCCGCCGGCUCCUCCCACCCCGGGUCACGCCGUGACAGGGGCGGAAGCGGCGGCGGCGGCGGCGGCGGCGGCCGAGCGGAGGCUGCGGCUCGCGGCGCGGAACCUGCUGUCCUGUGCUCGCGGCGCGCGGCUCCAGAGAGGCGCCCCCAGCCCGAGGCGGCGCGCACCGUCUCGCCGGCGCUCCGAGCGGUGCCUUCUCCACGCGACUCCUUGCACCUCUUCAGCGCAAAGACUUUCUGAUACAAUGGCAACUCCACGGGGGAGGACAAAGAAAAAAGCAUCUUUUGAUCAUUCUCCGGAUAGCCUUCCUUUGAGGAGCUCCGGGAGGCAGGCAAAGAAAAAAGCAACAGAGACAACAGACGAGGAUGAAGACGGUGGGUCAGAGAAGAAGUACAGGAAAUGUGAAAAGGCGGGCUGUACAGCAACGUGUCCUGUGUGCUUUGCAAGUGCUUCUGAAAGAUGCGCCAAAAAUGGCUACACAUCUCGAUGGUAUCACCUCUCCUGUGGGGAGCAUUUCUGUAAUGAAUGCUUUGACCAUUACUACAGAAGCCAUAAGGAUGGAUAUGACAAGUAUACUACGUGGAAAAAAAUAUGGACUAGCAAUGGAAAAACUGAACCUAGUCCCAAAGCUUUCAUGGCAGACCAGCAGCUGCCCUACUGGGUUCAAUGUACAAAACCCGAGUGUAGAAAAUGGAGGCAGCUUACCAAGGAAAUCCAGCUUACUCCACACAUAGCAAGGACCUACCGGUGUGGUAUGAAACCAAACACUGCUGUUAAGCCCGAGACCUCAGACCAUUGUUCCCUUCCAGAGGAUCUAAGAGUGUCGGAAGUUUCCAACCACUGGUGGUACUCCAUGCUCAUCCUACCUCCUUUGCUGAAAGACAGCGUGGCAGCACCCCUGCUCUCUGCCUACUACCCCGACUGCGUUGGCAUGAGCCCCUCCUGCACCAGCACAAACCGCGCAGCCAGCGACACCAGCCCCGGGAAGCUGGAGCACUCCAAGGCGGUCCCCUCUGUGCUGGUUCCAGGCAUGAACCGGUACUUCCAGCCUUUCUACCAGCCCAAUGAGUGUGGCAAAGCUCUAUGCGUGAGGCCGGACGUGAUGGAGCUGGACGAGCUCUAUGAGUUCCCAGAGUAUUCCCGAGACCCCACCAUGUACCUGGCUCUGAGGAAUCUCAUCCUCUCACUGUGGUACACUAACUGCAAGGAAGCUCUUACUCCUCAGAAAUGUAUUCCUCACAUCAUUGUCCGGGGUCUUGUGCGCAUUCGAUGUGUUCAGGAAGUGGAGAGGAUACUUUAUUUUAUGACAAGAAAAGGUCUCAUCAACACAGGAGUUCUCAGCGUCAGUCCUGACCAGCAUCUUCUUCCUAAAGAUUACCACAACAAAUCAGUCAUAAUUGUCGGGGCUGGUCCAGCAGGAUUAGCAGCUGCUAGGCAACUGCAUAACUUUGGAAUUAAGGUGACUGUCCUGGAAGCCAAAGACAGAAUUGGAGGCCGUGUAUGGGAUGAUAAAUCUUUUAAAGGUGUCACGGUGGGAAGAGGAGCCCAGAUUGUCAAUGGCUGUAUUAACAACCCAGUAGCGCUAAUGUGUGAACAACUUGGCAUCAGCAUGCAUAAAUUUGGAGAAAGAUGUGACUUAAUUCAGGAAGGUGGAAGAAUAACUGACCCCACUCUUGACAAGCGCAUGGAUUUUCAUUUUAAUGCUCUCUUGGAUGUUGUCUCUGAGUGGAGGAAGGAUAAGACUCAGCUCCAAGAUGUCCCUUUAGGAGAAAAGAUAGAGGAGAUCUACAAAGCUUUUAUUAAGGAGUCUGGUAUCCAGUUCAGUGACCUGGAAGAACAGGUGCUCCAGUUCCAUCUCAGUAACCUGGAAUACGCCUGUGGCAGCAACCUCCAUCAGGUGUCAGCUCGCUCCUGGGACCACAAUGAAUUCUUUGCCCAGUUUGCUGGUGACCACACUCUCCUAACUCCAGGCUACUCUGUCAUCAUUGAAAAGCUGGCCGAAGGACUAGACAUUCGGCUCAAGUCUCCAGUACAGAGUAUUGAUUAUUCUGGAGAUGAAGUGCAAGUGACCACCACCGAUGGGACAGGAUGUGCAGCCCAGAAGGUAUUAGUCACUGUACCACUGGCCUUACUGCAGAAAGGGGCCAUCCAGUUUAACCCACCGUUGUCAGACAAGAAGAUGAAGGCUAUCAACAGCUUAGGCGCAGGCAUCAUUGAAAAGAUUGCCUUGCAAUUUCCUUACAGAUUUUGGGACAAUAAAGUUCAAGGGGCUGACUUUUUUGGUCACGUUCCUCCUAGUGCCAGCAAGCGAGGGCUUUUUGCUGUAUUCUAUGACAUGGAUCCCCAGAAGAAGCACAGCGUGUUGAUGUCAGUGGUGGCUGGGGAGGCGGUGGCGUCCGUUAGGAACCUGGACGACAAGCAGGUCUUGCAGCAGUGCAUGGCUACCCUGCGGGAGCUGUUCAAGGAGCAGGAAGUCCCAGAUCCCACGAAGUAUUUUGUCACUCGGUGGAGCUCGGACCCCUGGAUCCAGAUGGCCUACAGUUUUGUGAAGACAGGUGGGAGUGGUGAGGCCUAUGAUAUCAUUGCUGAGGAAAUACAAGGAGCAGUCUUCUUUGCUGGUGAGGCAACAAACAGGCAUUUUCCACAGACAGUUACAGGUGCAUAUUUGAGUGGCGUUCGAGAAGCAAGCAAGAUUGCAGCAUUUUAAAUAGAAUUCGUCUGGACUCAGCUUUCUUCUCUCCCCCAAAUGGGAAGUUUGAAACACAUUAAACCUCACUUUCAUAAAAUCAAAAAAACCCUCUCUGGAUAGCAAAACAGAAAUGUUUGUAAGGUGGUAUGAUAAUGUAAACCCAUUUCACUACUCUGAAAGCACUAGAUCCAAGAAUCCUUUUAUAAGCACUUAUAUUUAAUUGCAUUUUCCACAGGCCUGACUAGUGCUAAAUCUUCUGGAUUUCAGAAUAAGGCAGAAUAUAACCUUAAAUUAAGACCUUGGAUAUGAUUCUUCCAUGGUUGGAGAGGCCCUUUAAAUUUGACAUUUGGUUUGGCUGAUUUAUUUUCACACGUUGAGAAUCCAAGUCAGUCAAGCAGGAAUCACUAAAAAAACCACAUUUAAGCCAUGUAUUUUUCUUCUAUGACAGUUUAUCAGUAUCUUUGCCAAUGAGCCUUACGGUUUUUAUAUAGCUCCAAUAUUGAGCUUUUACUUAAAAUUUAGAUAGAAAUUUUCCUUUUUGGAUACUGCACAAACUCUUCAGUCAAAGGUAAAUGAAGUUUCUAGACUAUUUUAUAUUGUACAUAUUUCUUCCCAUUGGGUGUUCAAAAGAAAUUUAAAUUCAGGUAUCUUUUGUGACAAAAGCUUAGAUUUGUGCACUCAUUGGCAAAACAGCAAAAUUUUCCAUUCCUUAAACAGCAUAGGUGUUGUGUCAUUGAGAAUGGGGUAGAGGUGGUGUGGUCUUCAUACUGUAGACAAAUAUGGCUAUUUUUCUUAGAGCCAAGUUUAAGCUGAUAGCACACUUUAAACAGCCUUAAUUUUGGCAACCACUGGCAAAAAGAUCUUGUCAGAUAACAUAAAGCCUCUGCACUGCCUCUUUUAAAAAUAACUGAUUCAACCUGUAGGAGUAUUUUCUACAGAAUUAUGUUUUCAGUAUUCCAUAGGCAGGUCCACUGGAAAACUGCAGAAAAAUGUGAGCUAUCCUGGUAAAUAUUACACCUUUUAUAAGCCAUAUCUUAAAAGCCUGAGAACAUGGCAAAUACUUUUUCCUUUUUUCACUCACGACAAAAAAAUACAUCAUUUAAAAUCCAUCGGUUUCGGGGUCUUCAGGAUGCUUAUCUUGCCAAGAAACUUCAGUUUACAGGUUAGAAAUAUGGUGGCUAACUUAAGUGCUUUUGUUUUAAAAAGUCUUUGAACAAUUCUUUCAGUUAUAUUGGUCUGCUUAAAAAAGGGACUCAAAAUGACUUUAAAGCCACUUUUCAAAAUAUUAGGUAUUUUUAAAAUUUAAAAUGUCAGCUUAUAAGUAGAAAUAGUAUUUUAUGCAGAGAAUGUACGGUGAGCUUUAGACAGUUCAGAUACACCUCCCUCCCCAUCAAAGUAUGAUCCAAGUGAGAGAAAACAAAUAGCGGUUUAUUAGUUUCAAAGUUAAUGCAGGGAAAUGUUAGGUUAGCUUACCUGAUGAAACUCAUUGGUACUGACUGGGAAAUAUUCUGCUUUAAAGUGUUAUGUAUUCAAAUGUUUAAAGAAUAGCAUGUGUUAAGUGAUAAAUGCAAAAUAUUUAAAGUUUGAAACGGUUCGCAGUAAAUUAUUACUUUAGUAUCUGGGCACUUAAACUUGUCCUGUGUUACAAGCAAACUAAAGAGAAACCGACUUUAUGGCAAAUGUGUAUUUAAAAAACCUCAUUUCUUGUCUCAAGUGACAUACUUCAUUUGACAUUUUGUUCUUUAAGGAACCACGGUACUUUUAUUCUUGAGUUACUUUGAGUAUGUUUUCACUGUUGUCUGAAGAUUCUGUAAUUGAGUAGCAGUGACUACACAAUAUUUUAACUGCAGAUUGUGAAGAGCUGGCUGUAUAAAACUGCUUAAUAAAAACUAGACUUGUUUUUCAAACACACUGUGCACUGUAGUGAACACACUCUUAUAGCACAGGGACAUCUUCACUGCCUUUUACAUACACCAACUCACUCCCCUCACCUCGAAACCUUCUUGACACUUUUUAGGUCACAAGCAUUACCACUUAUCCCUUUGCAAGUAAAUAGUCAUAAAAUAAACAACUGUUAGCCUUGACCAACUUGAUAGUUUUGUGAGAUCGCUUCAAAUUUUCCUAGCAAUUUCCUUGUAGUGUAUUUAUUCAAAGUAAAAGUGGUCAGUUAUCACUCAAGUUAUCCACAUUGUAGAGGCUGUGGGGCUAAAUUCAGUUAGUUAAAAAUCCUUGUUCCAAAAUCCUCAGAGGGGGAAAUGCCAUAGAAACCUGUAAUAAGAUAUCAAAUGUAAGAGACAAGAUCACUGGUUUAUUAUUUUUAUUGACAAGGUUUAUAAGAACAAAUUAAAUAUUUAAAAUCAAAGGCCAAUUCUUAAGUCUGUUUUUCAUUCCAUUCAUUUGUAUUAACUAUACCAUUUCUCCAAUGUCUUAGCAACUUUACCAAGAGACAAUCAAACCUGUGAAAAUACCUAAUGGUCAACAUAGAUCAUUUCUAUGAUGCAAAGAUAUUUUUAUCUUAAACACUCAAUUGGUUUGUUAAAGGCCUAAUUCUCUCAUAAGCAGCAUGUUUUAUUUUAAAAUUCAGAGAUUUAAUAACUGAUUAAGACAGUCAAUUUAAAAGACAAAAUUAUUCUUUUUCAGGAGGGAUCCAUAUGUUGAUCACCUACAAUCUUGAUUGGACAAAAUUUAAAACCCCACAGCCCUGAUUCCACAAAUACAUUACAUUUCUUUAAUGUUAAAAAUAAGUCUAUUAUCACUUUUGAGAAAUACUUUGUCAAGAUAUCCACUAUUGCCUACACGUUAUCUUCUUCGGUCAUUGUACCUGGUACUUUUACCAUAAUUAUAAAGAUGGCCAGGUUUCCUGUAAAUAUCAGCAUUUUAUAUGGGCAAAAGCAGUUAAUAAAAAUCAGUUCACUAUAAGCCAAAUGUGCUUAUACUUAAUCUCACUCUUUCUCAAAUUGGUGAAGUUCUGAUGUGUGAUUUUGGUCUAGCCCCUAUAUAAAAUGUAUCUACAGACACUUGCAGAGUUAACACUAAAACUACAAAUUGAUGACACUUUCAAGGCAAAGCAGAGAACUAUCAGUUCCUUCAGCGUUUUCUUCACUGAAUUCUGACUUUCACUGCUCCAUCAUACCAUCUGGCUGAACACUGACAUUUCAUAGUUUUUAACUGUAAAGAUACCUACCUCUAUGAGUUUAAAAAUUGAUCUGCACAAAAGAAAUAAAAAAACUUUAUAU